CUGGAAAGGACCUGCAUGUUGGGGCCGCAGUAUGUCAAGCUUGCUAUACCCUUCUAUUACGCUACUUAGGCAUCGCGUGUGAUACGACCAUCCCAGUCUACAUGCGGCUCCUCACUCGUGAUGGGCAAACCAAGCGGAGGGUGUGGUACGUGUCGUGCGAGGAGAGUCAAAUGCGAUGAAGCUAGACCAGUCUGCGGUCGUUGUAGAAAAGCAAGGCGGAGUUGUUCCGGCUAUCGAGACCCGCACUCUGUAUGGUUUAGAGACGAGAGCGAUGCAGUAGCCCGAAGAGUCAAGAGAUCUGCCACUUUAGACAAAGAAUCUUCCUCCACGGAGCCUUCGGUUCUAACGCUAGCAAGACGGAAUACCUCCCAGGAAGUAAAUCCUGGACACUACCCUCUGCGGUUCCCCCUAGCGAUAGUUAACUUUGCGUUGGAUCAUACCUUCCAAGCCACAUGCUUUUUCCUGAACACGUACACGUGGUUCAAUGCAUCUAACACGGUGGAGACCUCAUUCAAACAUGGUGCCGGCUCCGCUGAGUCCCUUGGCCAGAAAGCUAUGAUGGCUAGCAUUGCAUCCGUGGGCUUAGCGAAUCUUGCUAGUAUGCAGAGGUCCUCGUCAAUGCGGUUGUCGGCUCGGCGCGAGUAUACUAAGGCUCUGCAGCUGACAAACUCAGCCUUAUGCGAUCCGAAACUGGUUACAGCAGAUACCACGCUGACCGCGAUCGUUUGCUUAUCAUUAUACGAGAUUAUUGCUUGCCAGAGAAAUGAGAGCCUGCAAUCCUGGAUCGAACACUCACAGGGGGUGGCAACUGUCCUUGAACUUCGCGGCAGAGAUCAGCUUCGGCGCGAAGGCGGGUUCUGGAUGUUUCAAGCCCUCCGAAAUGAGGUGCUCCUUGGUUGCCUACAAAAGAAAACGAGACUCCCUUCUGUCCUGAUCGAUAUGCCUGAUCAAGUAGCUACCGACCUGGCGUCGUAUCCUCUCCCAACUGACGGAGAUCGACUAGUUAAGGUCAUGGCUAAGUUCGCCGGGCUUCAGGCUGAUGUCAGAGAAGGAAUUCUCUCGAACAGCAGUGAGAUUGUAAAGAUGGCCAUGGCCAUAGACUUGGAGCUAGAGCAAUUCGCUAGUAAUGUUUCAGCCAGUUUCACCUACAAGGUCGAGACACAGCCGGGCAGUGUGUCAUCCUGCGAGUACGAAAAGGGCAAUUUCUGCCAUUACCGAGGGACCUAUCACAUUUACCAAUCCGUCUGGUCCUGCAAUAUCUGGAACAACUACCGCUACAUCCGAAUCCUCGUUAACAACAUGAUCCUGACCCAUCUGCAAUCCAUGGCAUUGGGUGGCCAUCAAGUACUAGACUAUGGCCUCUUCAAGGCCCAUUGUAUUCGAAUUCGUGAUCUGAUGAGGCAGCUAGCGACAGACAUCUGCUGCUCUGUUCCUUUCAAGUUCGGAGUUGCUGGCAAUGAAAGCAAGAAUGUCUUUGAUUCUCCGCAUACCUAUGCGGGCACAGGGUUCACCAUGCUUCUGCCACUGACCAUGGCCGCACUUGUUGGCGGAGCUUCAAGCCCGAUGCAUAACUGGGCUAUGAGAUGCUUCAACGUGAUUGGUCGGGAGAUGGGCAUUGGCACCGCUUUAACUAUCAUCACGGUGUUAAGGGAAGAACAGGGAGGGCUACAUUGGAUAGAUGCGAUGGAGUCUGGCGACACCGUUUGGCCACGGACCAUGUUACAGUGAACUUGCUCAAGAC